CCGAACUAUUGGAAUUGCUACUAGCAUGCACUUGUAGUUGUGGCAGGAAUAGUAUAUAUAUAGCGCCAAGACCCGUAGUUGACAGGAAACAGUCUUGUAGUAGUUCUCAACUCCAGUCACUCACUCACACUCCAAGACAGUAUCAACUCUCACGAGUCUCACUCACUCACUCACUCACUCAACAUCAACCUCCCACUCAAACUGCCCACCAUGCGUUCCGCCAUCGCCAUCCUCUCCCUCGCCGCCUCGGCCUCGGCCGCCCUCAACGUCCACGCCCUCCUCCCCCGCGCAACUGGCACUCUCUCCGACUCCGACGCCAGCAAAUGCGCCUCCGAGGCCCUGAGCAUCGUCUCGUCCCUGCCCACGCCGCCUCCGGCCAUCGUCUCCGACCUGACCGAGCACCCGCAGACCGACCCCUGCAAGCUCAGCGUCGCCUCCAGCCUCAGCGCCGACUACUCCUCCUACGAGGCAAAGGUGCUGUCCUGGUUCAGCAGCCACAAGGACGAGCUGACUUCGCUGGCCUCUGACUGCUCUGCUCUGGCCUCCUACACCAGCCUCGUGCCCGUCUGCAGCAACAGCCUGGUCGCUGCCGCCGGUGCUUCUGGUGCUACUUCCUCUGGCGCUGCCGCUCCAACCUCUGGCGCUGCUGCUCCCACGGGCUCUGGCGCCUCCAAGUCUUCUGGCGCUCCCAAGUCUGGCACCAGCACGGCCGGCGGUGCUCGUGAGACUGGAAUGGGCCUUGCCGUCCUAGCUGCCGCUGGUCUUGCUGUUGUCCUGUAAACGGACUCUCACAGACUCUCAAUGGAUGAAGAAAAGGGGGGUUAUAGACAUGUCUAAUUUCACGCUUUAUGGAGGAUAGACGACAUCUUGAAACGCUAAUAAAUUUUAAUGAAUCAAUAAAUACCAACUGCGAGCAUUACAUCUUCAGCUUCGCAUAAUUACCACUUCUUCUUGCUUUUUUUUAUGUAUUCUGUUGUGAAUUGACCUUGACUGCGAUUAGCUGUUUUGCGCUUAGCCCGUGUAAGUGAGCGACGGACCGAAUGUCUCACGCUGAAACACACUCACGUAGCAUUCAGGGCAUUGUUCAAGUAAUGUGCAACCCGUCGACAUAUCAAUAUUUGCAAGACUCACAGACAUUUCUUCAAAGAUCAUCAUUUCCUAAAAAGGG